AUACCCCUGAAAGUGUUUAGUUUGGUUGGAAGAAAGAAUUAGAAGCACUUUGCAUCUCUGUGCGCCUCCAGAUGUCUGUCCUCCAAGAGUUACAAAAGAUUUGGUGGUGUAGCUCUUGGGUUAGGAGCCAAGGUGAUGUGUGAAAUGUGAAGUCUACUGGCAAUGAGCUGAUGUUAGCUUGAGUGGGAGCAGUCCUUUGUGCAGCCCAAGGCUUCAAUUUCCUUCUGACGUGAUAAAGUUAUGCUUCCCCUGGAGAAAGGGCAGGCUGCAGGGGGACUGGUUCGGGCCCUGUAGGUGCAGCUGGAGCUUUGGACCCUAAGGCACCGAGGUGGGAGGGCACCAGAGCACCUGGUAUGGGUGUAAGAAUAAAGGGUGAGAAAGAGGUUUUUUUUGCUUGGGGGUUUGAGGCUUUUUUUUUUUGUUCACUUUGGUUUUCUUCCCUAAAUGCAAGACUGGUUGCAAAUGCCUGAUGCAGGGCGGAGAAGAGCCUGGUUUAUAGUAAGGCAGCUGCCCGGGCUGUUCUUGCUGCGCUCGAAAGCUGUUCUGUGGCUUCAGAAGAAGCAAGUUCGAGGCCGUGCCGUUGUUUUUAGAGCAAUUGCACAGAACGCGCAUGUGCCGGAGCUUGUGGAAGUCCUUCGGCGUCCCGGCACUGUCCCUCGAUGUCGGCCGCAGGUGUUGCGGCCAGCGCGCAGCGCAGAAGCGGCCGAGACACCGACAGCUCGAGGCCACAGCCCGGGAGGAGCUUUCCGUCGCUAUGGAGACGGCGCCGUUGCGAGGCGGAGCGCGUCGGCGGCGGGCCGGGGCAUGGCCGGUUUGAAUCGCCCAAUGCGGGAGCCGUGGGCGGUGGCGCGGCGGCCCCGGAAGUGUGGCGGUGGCUCCUGCGCCCAGUGUGGCGUCCCACUGCUCGCCUCGGCCCGGCAGCAGGGUGCUCAUGGCCGUGGCGGCCCCUCCCGCCGCCUCCCCGCCGCCAGCCAGGAGCUCCUGAGGCAGCCGCGGGCCCCGCGCAGCCCUUCCCGGUGCCACUCAUCCCUCAACAACAAAGUGCCUUCAGCCUCUGCACAGAGCCCACUGUCCAGAAGAUCUAAAAGCUGUAGAAUCACUCUAAAGCACAAACAGAAAAUGAAAGGGGACAGCAUGAGCAUGGGCCGAGCUGUUCGGGCGAAAGCUAAGGCCCCCUGGGUGCCCCCUGGCAAAACAUCUGUCCGGGACUCCCCCUGCAAAUGGGAGGGCCCAACCCACCGCCUUGAAACAAUGCCUGCAGCUGCAGAGAAGAUGCUGUCAGUGCUGCACCUCAGUGACCUCUCUGCAGAUGAGGAGGAUGAGGACGGUGCUGUGCAGUGCAGGAUGGAGGAAUGUGGAAAGGAGAUCGAUAGCCUGAUGAGUGCCGUGGGAGCACUGAGGAAUGAGGCCAAACUGCAGAAAAAGGAGGAACAGCAGCAAGCAAGAAAGCGACUCCUUGAGGAGCAGAAGGAAGAACUGAAGGAGGUCACACAAGAGCUAGUGGAGACAGAGCAUGAGAACAUCCUGCUGAGGCGCAACAUCGAGCGCAUGAGGGAGGAGAAGGAUCUGACUGUGCUGCAGAAGAAGUACCUGCAGCGUGAGAAGGAGAGUUUGAUGUCCAAGCUGAGUGAAGCAGAAAGGGAUGGAGCGGCAGCAGCCAGGCAGAUCCAUGCCCUCAAAUACACUAUUGGGAGACUCAACGUUGAGAAACAUAUGAGCAGCUCAGAUGUUAACACACUGACAAAACAGAAAGAGCUUCUGCUCCAAAAGUUGAGCACCUUUGAAGAAUCCAACCGGACACUGCGGGAGCUCCUCAGGGAGCAGCACAGCCGGGAGAAGGAUGCUCAGAAGAUACUGGAGCAGCAGGGAGCGCUGCUGAAGAGGCUGGCUGACUCAGAGGCAGAGAACGUGCAGCUUCAGAUGAGGCUUCAGGAGAAAGAAAAAGAAGUAGAUGAUCUUACUGCUCAGAUACAGACAGAACAGGAGCAGGCAAAGGCAGCAAGUGAGCUCUCCAAGUCGCUGGAGGCUGUCAGAGGCCGUCUGCAAGCACAGCUGCGAAGCAAGGAGGCGGAGAACAACCGUCUGAGCACACGGAUCCGGAACCUGGAGCGCAGCGCGGCUCAGCACAAGGUGGAGGUGGAAGGUGCCGUGGGACAGCUGCAGGAGCUGAGGCAGAGGGCAGAGCGUGAGAAGGAGGCACUGAAGAAAGCCGCCCGUGUGCAGAAGGAGCAGGCGCAGCGUGCCCAGGAGUACGCAGAGCAGAUGGCACUGCAGCUGGCACAGAAGGACAGUUACGUUGCUGAGGCACUCUCGACCCUGGAGUCCUGGAGGAGCCGCUACAACAAAGCAGUGAAGGACAAGAGUGGCCUUGAACUGGAAAUUGUGACACUGAACAGCCGUGUUGCAGACUUGCUAGAACAGCAGACAGCCCUGCAGGACAGGAUGCGGGAGGACAGAGAAGCUUUGAUGGAUAAAUUGCACUGCCAGAACACAGAGAGCAGCUCUUUCAGAAUGGAGAAUGAAAGGCUGAGGGCUAGUGUGGUCCCCAUGGAGGAAAAGCUGAACCAAGCACAGCUGGAAGUGCAGCAACUCAAGGGCUCUAUCAGGAGCUAUGAAGGGUUGAUUGAAAGCUACAAGUCACAGGUGGUGAAGGCCCAAAUGGAGGCAGAUGAUAUGGCAGCAAAGCUGGAGAAGUGCAGUAAAGAGAACAAGACACUAAAGGAUGACAUGAGCAAGGAGAUUGAGCUGGUGCGCCAGCAGUUCCAGAGCCAGCUCACUGAGCUGGAGAAGCUGCCUGAGAUCCUAAAGGUCAAAGAGACACAACUGGCAGAGUGUCAGGAGCAGCUUCAGAGUUAUGAGAAGAAGAGCAUGGACCUGUCUGUGGUGGUUGCAGAUCUUCGCCAGCUGAUUGAGCUCCAGGGGGACAAAAUGGAGAUGACAAGAGAGAGGUGUCAGUCUGCCCAGGAGGAGAAAAGGCAGCUCACCUUGAAGGUGGAGGAGCUAGAAAGAAAACUAGAGACAACGAGUGCCCAGAACAUAGAAUUCCUGCAGGUCAUAGCCAAGCGUGAGGAGUCGAUCCACCAGUGCCAGCUGCGGCUGGAGGAGAAGAGCCGCGAGUGCAGCUCCCUGGCGCGUCAGCUGGAGAUGGCCAUUGAGGAUGCCAAGAGACAAGUGGAACAAACUCGAGAACGAGCAGCAUCCCGAGAGAGGGCAGCCCAGUCCAAGCUGUUGGAUUUGGAGACCCAGCUGAGCAGGAACAAAACAGAGCUGAACCAACUGCGUCGGAGUAAAGAUGAUGCAGAGCGUCGCUUUGAAAGCCGCCUGCAGGACCUGAAGGAUCGCCUGGAGCAGUCAGAGAGCACCAACCGCAGCAUGCAGAGCUACGUCCAGUUCCUGAAGGCCUCCUAUGACAACGUCUUUGGGGAAGGGGCCUUGCUGGACUCCCCUGGGCGCUCUCAUUCCUCUCCCUGAGCACAGUGCUCCCUGGCUUUGCCUGCAGCAGGAGCUGGAUUUCAAAGCCAUAAGCAGCUUAGAAAAUGGAUUGGCAUUUCAGGGACAGUGAUGGGAGAUGUUUUCCUCUUAUCCUUGUAGCACAAGCUGGUAAAAUGAUGGUGGCAAAUGUCCUUCUUGUGGGGGAUCAGCGAUGCCAGGCUGUGCCCCAGAACCUGGUGGUUUUGCCUGGGAUGGAACAGGUCCUUUUCAUUCUGUAAGGGUCUCAUGGUUUCAGCUCUUAAAGCCUGUUGGUAUUUUUUGUUGCGUGUGUUUAUGUCUGUGAGAAGUUUCUUCUUUUUGUGCUUCUUUUUCCAGGCUGUUUCAGUGGUGGCACAUCUUGUGGGGUUGUUUGUGGGGAUUUUUAUUUCUUUUAAACUCUUAAACAUUCACCCACCAGAAGUGUGAAUCUGAAAGUAACUGAAGUGCCUGGGCUCUAAACCUGCAGCCACAGUGUCCAGAAACAGAAACGAUGAUUAAGGAUUUGGUGUUUGGGUUGGUUUUACUUGAUUGUUUUAUACCCCCCAACCUUCACUUUUUUCCUGAGUGUGAUGCUAAAGUUGCUUUACUCCUUUGAUCCCACUUUCCUGAUCUUUGGUACCCCAGCACUGAGCCAAACCUCUCCAAAGGAAUGGUUCAGGUUUAACCUCUGUGGCACUUCAGCUGGGGUCUGGAUGGGGUGCUGGGCUGGUUAAGGAGCAGCUCUGGACACUGCUUCACCCAGCCAGCCUGCGCUUUCGGGACAAUCAGGGGUUCAGCGUGGUGAGUCUCUAGAGCUCAGCUGCUCUCCAGGGCCGUGUUCUUUUGAGGAAAUUGUUCCUAGGAGAGCACAAAGGCUUCAUGGGUUUUAUCUUUUUUGAUAACUAUUAUUUGCCACCAGGGUUUUCUGAGUUAAUACUUUUUUGAGAGUUUUGUAAUUGUGGCUGUGUUUAACACUUUAAAAAUCGAAAGGUGCUACAGUAAAAGAGCCAAUAAAGUACAUUUUAAUUGGU